CCGCCAUGGCGUUGACUCACUGAGAUCUCCAUUUUGUAUGUUUUUCCCAAAGGUUAGCGCCUACUUUCACAAUGGCUAGCUGUGAUUGACCAACGCAUGUUAGAUUCAUCGCAUAGCGGGGGUUAGAAACUGCAAAAACCUCCAUAAGAGUGCACUCGAGUCGCCCGUGUUCCCUGUAAACACGCAGGAGCAGGCAUAUGAGGAAGAAAACAAGCUCCGUAGUGUCCGCUUCGUGUUGUUAAUGAUACUGGCCAUCAAAACAAUGUUGUCAGGAGAUAUAUAGACACCCCCCAAAACAACACACACACUUUGAACGGAUCACGGGAUGGAUAAAGGCAGAGUGAAGAAGAUACGAAAUAACAGAGAUGACCAUUUAAGCAAACUUUUCUACACAGAAAGCCCCGUGGAUGGAACUCCAUUAAAAGUCGCUCCUCACAGUGCAAUGUCCAUCACAUCUGCCACUGCUGUUGUGCUACCGUCCAGCCCCUUGAUGCAGCCUGGAGAUGUGCCCAACAGCCUCAGCAAUAGUCCACUUCCAGAGGAGCUCACUUCUGCCUCUGGAACUGCCUCUUUUGGCCUCAUACUGGAGGAUUCAGAGCCCAGAGGGGCGUCCAAGGACCAGAGGGCCCAGCAGCAGUUGUUCCAGCCACAGACCACAGCUUCCCUUGGACGCUACACAUUUGGGGAUAACCUUUCCCGGUUGGAGGCCAGCAUAGCGGAUCUUACCCACUCAUCCUCCAUGGAUUCCCUUAUCGGGGGAUCAGACCCUAACCUUUUCCCCCUCAGAACGGAUGACUUCUCCAUGGACAAGGUCGACCACCAUUCCAUGGAUUUGGAUCACGACUCGUUUGGGCACGUUGGGAAAGAUGAGGAGAUGAACACAAAGCUGUUCAAUGACAACACUUUGGACCUUCUCCCAGACUUUGAGCUCGCCGGGUCCCCCUCCGAUUAUUAUGUCGGCGACGACGCCUUCCUCUCCACCCUCGGGGACGACUCUCUGCUGGGGGACAUUUCUUCCGAGAAGGAGUCCAAGCUCACGUUGAGCACCAAUGGAGGCGAGCCCAGCUCCACCACGCUGAACGGCAGCGGCCUGGCCCUCCGGGAGGACCUGUCAUGCGGCAGCCCAGCCACUCCGGCCUCCCUCACUCCCACCACCCCUCUGGCGGUGAUCAAGAAAGAGUCGGACUCGGCUUUCAUCCGGCUGUGCACUCCCGGCGUGGUCAAGCAGGAGAAGGCGACCUGUGGCCGCGGGUUCUGCCCGAUGAGCAGCGCGUCGUCCUCCUCGUCCGACAUGUCGUGCGCUAGCCCCAUCUCCAUUUGCGGGGUGAGCACCUCAGGGGGCCAGAGCUACCACUUUGGGGUGAACCCGAGCGGCACGCCCGCCUCCGCCACCAGUCCCGGUGGAGGACAGCAGCAAAAGGAUCAGAAACCCCCCGUCUUCAGCCUCUACCCCCCGCUGACCGGCGUCAGAGAGCCCUGGAGCCGGGUGCAGUCUGCGGGCUCCACGGACAACUUCCCUACCUCUCCUUCCUUCUCCUCCGCCGUCGCCAGUUCGACUUCCAGACAGGAUGGGGUCACCCCCUCAGCCUCUACCCAGGGGGGCAAGGCCAGCGGGGGCACCCACAAGAUCUGCCUGGUGUGCUCGGACGAGGCGUCUGGCUGCCACUACGGCGUGCUCACCUGCGGCAGCUGCAAGGUGUUCUUCAAGCGAGCUGUCGAAGGGCAACACAACUAUCUGUGCGCCGGGAGGAACGACUGCAUCAUCGAUAAGAUACGACGGAAGAACUGCCCGGCCUGCCGCUUCCGCAAGUGUCUGAUGGCUGGCAUGAACCUGGAGGCGAGGAAGACCAAGAAGCUGAACCGCAUCAAGGGGCUCCAGCAGGCCAACCCAGCCGAGCAGGCCCCGCCACCGCCCGCCGAGUCGCGCUCCCUCGUGCCCAAGUCCAUGCCCCAGCUCAUCCCCACCAUGCUGUCGCUGCUCAAAGCCAUCGAGCCCGACACCAUCUACGCCGGCUACGACAGCACGCUGCCCGACACCUCCACCCGCCUCAUGACCACCCUCAACCGGCUGGGGGGCCGGCAGGUGGUCUCGGCCGUCAAGUGGGCCAAGGCCCUGCCAGGCUUUAGGAACCUGCACCUGGACGACCAGAUGACUUUGCUGCAGUGUUCGUGGCUCUUCCUCAUGUCCUUCGGCCUGGGAUGGAGGUCCUACCAGCAGUGCAGCGGGAACAUGCUCUGCUUCGCGCCCGACCUCGUCAUCAACGAGGCCCGGAUGAAGCUGCCCUACAUGGCCGACCAGUGUGAGCAGAUGCUGAAGAUCUCCAGCGAGUUUGUCCGGCUGCAGGUGUCCCACGACGAGUACCUGUGCAUGAAGGUGCUGCUGCUGCUCAGCACAGUGCCAAAGGACGGCCUGAAGAGCCAGUCUGUCUUUGAUGAGAUCCGCAUGUCCUACAUCAAGGAGCUGGGCAAGGCCAUCGUGAAGCGGGAGGAAAACUCCAGCCAGAACUGGCAGCGCUUCUACCAGCUCACCAAGCUCCUGGACUCCAUGCACGAGAUGGUCGGAGGGCUGCUCAACUUCUGCUUCUACACGUUUGUCAACAAGUCGCUGAGCGUGGAGUUCCCCGAGAUGCUGGCGGAGAUCAUCAGCAACCAACUGCCCAAAUUCAAGGCGGGCAGCAUGAAGCCGCUCCUCUUCCACCAGAGAUGACUGGGCCCCCCCCCGGCGACACAGCAACGACCACCACGACAACCGCAGCACUAGCAGCCGCCGCAGCAGCAGGAACUACAGACAAUGCCUUAAAAAUCCGCCCAUCGCCUCAGGGCCUCGCCACCGGUAGGAGGACGAGCUGAAGGCGCGAGGACGGAGGUGGUGGGACAGGAACGCGCCGGGAGAACUGGAGGACGGAGAGGGAGGGGCUGAGGCUGAGUGAGUGAGUGUGAGAUGGUGUCUUUCUUGAAGAAGCAGGUAUGCUACUGGAGAAGGGCUUUCAUGCGGUGAAGGGAAAGAAAGGUUUCGCAGAAAGGUGAACCUUUUUUGGUUGCAAAGGCCGACAACGUGAGGGCCGGAACGAGAGGAAGCAUAGAGAUGUUGUUGUUGUUAUUGUGGAUCAGUAGAAGAUGUUUAGUGUGUAACAUAUAGGACUCGUUUUUUUUGAUAAUCACUGAGUGAAAUAGGCUAACCAUCCGCGCUGUCUCAGGAUUACACACACACACACACACACACACACACACACACACACACACACACACACACACACACACACACACACACACACAC